AUGUGGAUUCGCAAGAUGAUCACUGAUUGGGGAUGGAUGUUCGCCAUCGUGGUUUCCGUGGCUAAUUGCUCAUAUGCUGCUCCGCAUGCUCGUGUUUUUGAGACUAAUGCUGUUGGACAGGACAAUACCUUUUCUCGAUUUGAGAGAGCUGUUAAUGCAUCUUCAUCAAAAAAUGCAACCACCAAUCCAACAGAAUGGACUCCAGAUAGAAUCUACAACAACUUGCAAGAGAAACUCGUAACACUAGCUCGUGUUGUGUCUGCAGUGUCGCUUUACAAUGGUAUUGUGGACAACUCGAUUCCAGUUGAUGAGGCAAUUUCUGAGUUGAUGAACAUUGGAUCGUAUCAAUCAAAGAUAUGGAUAAGUUUGAUACGAAAGGAGUUGAUACAUUCUAGAAGUCCCUUUUGGAUCUUUACACGAUGAAAGAAAUGUGGUCUAGAGUGGGUGACUUGUCGAAACUGCCGGAUAAAGCGACUUUUAAGAAACUAGGUGAUCUGAAAAGUUUGAAUUUGGGAACUAUUGCCACAAUUGAUGUUGAUUCAAUAAUCAAGUCACUCGAUGACGGAUCGGAUAAAUCAGUUGCUGCUGUUAACACGACAUUAGAAGAAUUUGCUAAAUCGAUUGCCACUGUAACAUCUGCUUUGGAUAAAACUUCCAGUAUGGAAACUCUUGAAACCCUAAAACCUAUCACAAAUUAUGCCAAGUUGUUUCAAUAUUAUGACAACUCACAAGCGAUUUAUAUUAAAGCUGCCACUGAUGAUGAUAUUAAGGGUUUAGACAAUUUAUUAAGCACUAUCAAGACCAUUCCAAACAGUAAUUCGACGUUGUUUAGCGACAUUAAAAUGCUCACAACUGAAACUUCUUCGCUUAUUCGUCAGCAUACCUCUGGAUUGUGGAAUGGUUAUCACGAUUUCAGCAAUCUCUUGAAGGACAUAAAAAACAAAUUCUUUUUGAGAAUCAUUUUACGUGUUUUUUUUCAUUUUACGUGUUUUUUUUCACACGCCGGUAUGUCGUUGGAUGAAGAAGAUUUUGCGGACGCUGGAGAGUUUCUAGAGUGCGAUCUGAAGAGAAGAAAUGGCAUCCCAAUUAGCUUUGAGGAGAGAAUCUUUGUUAGUUUCAGUAAGUUUCUGAAAUCGGAGGAGUUCAAGUCGUCCAUGAGAAGUAUCAUCGAGACAUCUAUUGAUGCCACUUUGAAUAAUAGAAUGAAGAAGCUUGAAGAUAAGAUCGCCGAGCUGACAGAAGACCUUAAAACUCAGAAGAAACGGUUGGAUUUGGCAUUGGUCGAGUUGAAGAAUCCGACAGUGAAUGCAGAGAAUGAAGACGUGGCGGAAGUGAAAGAACGGAAUCGGUCAAUCGUUAUCCACAAUGUACCAGAAUGGACCGAUGACUUGCAACAUGAUCGCAGUGAGCACGAAGUACGGUGUGUCAACAUGCUUCUUCGUCACAUGAAUGUUUGUGCACUACCUGUAGCCGCGUAUCGUCUUGGAAAAAUGAGAACGGAUGGAAGAGGAAGGUUAGUCAAGGUCGUUUUGCCGUCGUCUGCUAUUCAAAAAGAAAUCCUUAACAAAGUUCGAACUCUUAAAUCUUUUGUAACCGGUAUUCAUCCUCCUGUGUAUGUUAGGAAAAGUCUAUCCCCCGCUGAAAUUGUUUCCCGCCGUGAGUCUUUUAAGAAUAGGAAUACACCUGCCUCUGAUACCCUAGAUAAUGAUAUUGUGAUGACCGAUAAUUCUCAUAAUGUUCCGCCACAGCUUUCAAAAAACUAA